CCCGAGAUUCCCAAAACUCACAGCACCCAAACCACCCCGCCACCGCGCCUCGCGCCCGGAGUUGGAGGAGCCACCGCCCACCCUCCCGUCCGUCCGUCCCCUAUAAAUACCCCGCCCUCCCAGCCUUCCUCUCCAACACACACAACCAAGCAAGCAGAGCAACACCAACACCAAGAAGAAGAGCAGAGCAGAGCAUCACGUAGCCACAGCGACACCGAGAGGUCGAGACCCAUCGAAGCGCCUUCCGCCACCUAGCACAGCACACCACCACCGUCACAUACACGCACGCACAUGGCGCGCUGGGCCAUUGCCAUCCACGGCGGCGCGGGCGUGGACCCGAACCUGCCGGAGCACCGCCAGGAGGAGGCCAAGCGGGUGCUGGCCCGGUGCCUGCAGGUGGGCGUCGACCUGCUGCGCGCCGGCGCCACCGCGCUGGACGUGGUGGAGGCCGUGGUGCGGGAGCUGGAGACGGACCCCUGCUUCAACUCGGGCCGGGGAUCCGCGCUGACCCGCGCCGGCACCGUCGAGAUGGAGGCCAGCAUCAUGGACGGCCGCGGCCGCCGCUGCGGCGCCGUCUCCGGCGUCUCCACCGUCCGCAACCCCGUCUCCCUCGCCCGCCGCGUCAUGGACAAGUCCCCGCACUCCUACCUCGCCUUCCACGGCGCCGAGGAUUUCGCGCGCCAGCAGGGACUGGAGGUGGUGGACAACAGCUACUUCAUCACGGAGGAGAACAUCGGCAUGCUCAAGCUCGCCAAGGAGGCCAACAGCAUCCUCUUCGACUACCGCAUCCCGCUGGUCGGGGCCGACACCUGCAGCGCGCAGGCGGCGGCGGCGGCCGACAACCACAAUAACAACGGCAUGGUGAUGAACGGGCUGCCCAUCAGCAUCUACGCGCCGGAGACGGUGGGGUGCGCGGUGGUGGACUGUAACGGCUUCACGGCGGCGGCCACCUCCACGGGCGGGCUCAUGAACAAGAUGACGGGCCGCAUCGGCGACUCCCCGCUCAUCGGCGCCGGCACCUACGCGUGCGGGCACUGCGCCGUGUCGUGCACGGGCGAGGGAGAGGCCAUCAUCCGCUCUACGCUGGCACGGGACGUGGCGGCCGUCAUGGAGUACAAGGGCCUCCCGCUGCAGGAGGCCGUGGACUUCUGCGUCAAGGAGCGGCUCGACGAGGGGUUCGCCGGGCUCAUCGCCGUGUCAGGCACCGGCGAGGUGGCAUACGGGUUCAACUGCACCGGCAUGUUCAGGGGCUGCGCAACCGAGGACGGCUUCAUGGAGGUCGGCAUCUGGGAGUGAGCAAGUGCGCGAGCUCAGCCGGAGGAUGUGUCCGCACUAUUGUGUGUACAUACAUUUGGCCAUCCUGUGAUUGCCAUCUAGUUCUAGUCUAGGAAUCCUGGGUUAGUAGCACUAGUUCCUUCAUAACCAUGAGCUACCGAAUAAACAUGAAUAUAUCGUGGAAAUCAUUAUUGCUAA